AUGUCGCUUAAAAAUAUCGCAGUCUUAACAUCCGGCGGUGAUAACGCAGGCCUUAAUGCAGCUGUUCGUGCGAUCACACGUGUUGGAAUUGCAAGAAACGUAAAUGUUUAUGGCGUUUUAAGAGGAUAUCGUGGACUUGUCGAAGGACAAAUUUUCGAAUUAAAUUCGCGCGCAGUUUCUGGUAAGAUGGGACUUGGUGGCACAUUCAUUGGUACAGCUCGUCUUCCAGAAUGGAAAGAUCCAAAAGUUCGCCGUGAAGCUAUUCGUAACAUGAACCGUCACGAUAUUGGCGGUCUCAUCGUCAUCGGUGGUAAUGGCUCCCUCUCUGGUGCUUCCUUGUUAGCAAAGGAUGGUUUUCCAGUCAUUGGUAUGCCAGGCUCAAUUGAUGACGAUGUUAUGGGCACAGAAGUCUGCGUUGGUGUCGAUACAGCUCUCAACAUUAUUAUUGAGGCUAUUGAUCGCAUUAGAGAUUGCGCUUCUUCAAUUCAACGUGCAUUCGUUAUUGAAGUUAUGGGUCGUGAUUCAGGCGCUCUUGCUUUAAUGUCAGCUGCUGCUACGGGCGCUGAAGUUUGCCUUGUUCCAGAAAUCCCAUCACCACCAAUGGAGAAAAUUGCAGAUGCAAUCACAAACGCUUACACAAAGGGCAAACCAUACGCUAUCAUUGUUGUCGCUGAAGGCUGGAAGCCAGGUAUCAACAAACUUGUCGAAUUCUUGAAUUCAAAGCAAGAUGAAACAGGUUUCGAUGUUCGUACAACAGUUCUCGGCUACACACAGCGUGGUGGAUCACCAUCUUACAUCGACAGAUAUUACGGCACUGCUAUGGGCGCUUUCGCUGUUGAUUCCCUUCUUGCUGGCGAAACAAACAAAUUCGUCGCUGUUCAGAACGGAAAACCCUGCCUUCAACCACUCGAUACUCUUGUUGGCAAACUUAAGCCACUCAACAAGAAUCUUCUCGACUUAUACAACAAACUUGAUAACUAA